AGUCCUGAUUUAAGACCGGAUUUAAUCUAUAGUGUUGAUUAAACCGGAUUGUUUUUGGGUGUUUUAUGUUAAACAGGGACAUGAUUUCUCAGAGACGGGGUGAGAGAUUCUACUGAGCGAGAUGUUGAAGAGCUAAUCAGUCUGAGAGGGGCGCGCUAGCAGGCUAACGUUAGCAUCCUGUCAGCCGGCGCUUUAAAAGCGUCUCAUUAAUCAUUCUAAAUUAAUCCAACCACGAAGACGGUUUAUUUAUAAACAUGAGAGUUUGUCAGGGGGAUUAAUAAGGCGCGAGGAGUCGUCCGAGGAGGCGCCCAUGGAGCCGGACGUGAUCCGCAUGUACCCGUCCUCCCCGCCGCCGUUGGAGGAGGGCGGCGCCGGCGACGGGGAGGAGGACGACGACGAGUUCAGCGACUUCGCCGGCGUCCCCAACAGCAUCAGCUUCUCCGAGUUCGAGACGGCCACCACCUUCGAUCAGCUGCAGGCCCUGAACGCGACGUCGCCCCCGGAGCUGAUCGGGAACGGCCGGGUCGCCGGACUCCACCCGAACGGGGACGCCCCGGCCUGCCGCGUCGUCAGCGUGGAGGAGCUGAAAAGAGGGCGCACGAACUUUUCCGACGUCUCUGGGAACCUUCGGAACACCUCGAGCGACUGCAACGGCGGCGUCGGGGCGAACGAAGCGCUUACGAACGGGUUCGCUAGCCCGGACACGCAGGGGACGUCUCCCUCGUCCCGUAAACACAAAGGAACUGCGUUUGUAGAGACGAUGCCUGACGGCGAGGACUUCGCCGACUUUGCUGCUUUUUCCGACGCCGACGUUUCCGCGCAUUCAAACCACGAGGAGAGGCUAGCGCAGGACGGCGUACCGCCGGACGACGAUCGCCUCAGCAACGGAGACUGGGGUUUCCAUGACGAGUCAGCCGGCGCGGAGGUACCGCCCGCGCAAAACGGCGUGCCGUCGGAUCCCAGAAUCUCGCCCGUCUCCGGGGACAACACUGAGACGGAGACCUCAUUCGGGCGGCCGCUGUCCACGGAGGCGCUGGAGGAAUUCGGCGACUUCAGCACGACCGGUUCGGUCCCGUCGCCGCCCCUCCAGGAGGACACGGCGACCCCCGCCGGGGACGACGGAGACUUCGGGGAUUUCGGCGAUUUCGCACCUCCGGAGUCGACCCGCCCAGACGAGUUCGGCGAGUCCGAUGCGCACGGGCGAGCCGCGCGGGAGGGCGAGGAGGGGGCGGAGUUUCCCGUCAGCGACAGUUUCGCGGACUUCGCGUCGGCGCCGGUGGGCGGAGACCGGGACGCUGACGACGGCUGGCGGGCGUUCGACCGAUCGGAGUCGAACGAGGACACGGGCGACUCGUGGGCAGCGUUCGGGCAGGACCAAGGGCAGACGUUUUCGGAAACGACGCCUGUCCAGCCUGCUGACGACAGGAGAGACAGUUUAACGGCGUCGCUGCUGAGCCGACUCGAGAAACUUCUCCUGCUCGGUUUUCCGGAAGUCUCUGCACCUCAUCUAGAGAACGACGUCCCCCCCCUGAAAUCGCUCCUGGAGCCGCCCGACAGAUCGGAACCGGAACGGGAAGAGCCGACGCCGGCCCGUGGGGCUGUGCGGGACGUGUGGGCGCGGCUGCAGGACGUCCACAGCGCCCUCGGCCUGAGGCACCAGUGGGGCGGCUCGCACUGCAACAAGGUCCUGCUCUGCUCGCUGGGCAUCGACACCCGGAACAUUCUGUUCACAGGUCAGAAGAAGCAGCCCGUUAUCGUGCCCAUGUACGCCGCCAGUCUGGGAAUGCUGGAGCCCACUAAAGAGCCGGUGAAGCCCGUCUCAGCCGCCGAGAUGAUCGCCUCCAUAGCCCAGUCGGGUCUGGAGAUGAGCACCUGCCCCGCCGACGCAGCGCAGGAGCCCCUCCCUCCCGUGCAGUUCGACUGGAGCAGCAGUGGCCUUACCAACCCUCUGGACACGAGCGGAGGUUCGGCUCUGCUGAAUCUGGAUUUUUUCGGCCCGGUAGACGAGUCGUCCUCCGGCAGCGCCACGUCCAUGCCAGGCGUGGAUCCCGAGCUCUACGAGCUGACCCAGGCUAAGCUGGUGGUGAGCGCGGGGGGGAACAAGGUGGCGGACGCUUUCGCUCGCCUCAUGUCCACCGCGGAGAAGACCAACACGUCCACCAGGCGGCUCCAGCAGCAGCAGCAGCAGAAGGAGGAGAACCUGAGCGAGGAGGCUCGUCGUGUCAUCUCCACCCUGCCUGAUCUCUCCUUCAUGCAGGCCAAAGUGCUGAUGUUCCCCUCCACCCUGACUCCUCUCCCCCUCUCCUCCUGCUCCUCCUCCUCGCCCUCUCCUGUACCCGACUGAUGGGUCCGGCGCCGCCGCACCGUGUCCCGUCUCGCCUCCAUGUCGGCUUUCGUUCGUGUGUGUGUGUGUGUGUGUGUGUGUGUUUCACUUAGCAUUUUAUUAGGGAUGCACCGAUCCUGACCUGGAUAGCCGGCCAGGAAAUGUGGACGCCCCCACUUAAUCUCUCUGGAACGCUCAUGUAGCUGCUCAUGCUACAAAUCUCCCUGUUCCUAUUAUUUUGCCACCUUGUUACCUUUAGUGUACAAUCAAAUCGGUGCGGUAGGCUGGGCGCCCAUCUAGCGGGCACAAGCGGUAGUGCAGACAGUCUGCUGGGUGGGAAAGGAGUCAGUCACUGAGUCAAUAUGUGAGUCAGUCAGCGAGUCAUUCAUUGAAUUAGUUGGUUAGUCACCAAGUGAGUCAGUCACUGAGUCACCAAGUGAGUCAGUCGGUGAGUCAUUCAUUGAAUUGGUCAGUCGCUGAGUCACUAUGUGAAUCAGUCGGUGAGUCAUUCAUUGAAUUAGUCAGUCAGUUGGUGAGUCACCAAGUGAAUCAGUCGGUGAGUCAUUAAAUUAGUCAGUCAGGCACCAAGUGAGUCAGUCACCGAGUCAUUAUGUGAAUCAGUCAGUGAGUCAUUCAUUUAAUUAGUCAGUCACCAAGUGAGUCAGUCACUGAGUCACCAAGUGAGUCAGUCGGUGAGUCAUUCAUUGAAUUGGUCAGUCAGUCACCAAGUGAGUCAGUCACUGAGUCACCAAGUGAGUCAGUCGGUGAGUCAUUCAUUGAAUCAGUCAGUCAGUUGGUGAGUCACCAAGUGAAUCAGUCGGUGAGUCACCAAGUGAAUCAGUCGGUGAGUCAUUAAAUUAGUCAGUCAGUCACCAAGUGAGUCAGUCGGUGAGUCAUUCAUUGAAUCAGUCAGUCAGUUGGUGAGUCACCAAGUGAAUCAGUCGGUGAGUCAUUAAAUUAGUCAGUCAGUCACCAAGUGAGUCAGUCACUGAGUCAUUAUGUGAAUCAGUGAGUCAUUCAUUGAAUUUGUCGGUCAGUCACCAAGUGAGUCAGUCACUGAGUCACUGUGUGAAUCAGUCGGUGAGUCAUUCAUUGAAUUAGUCAGUCGGUCAGUCACUGAGUCACCAAGUGAGUCAGUCGGUGAGUCAUUCAUUGAAUUGGUCAGUCAGUCACCAAGUGAGUCAGUCACUGAGUCACCAAGUGAGUCAGUCGGUGAGUCAUUCAUUGAAUCAGUCAGUCAGUUGGUGAGUCACCAAGUGAAUCAGUCGGUGAGUCACCAAGUGAAUCAGUCGGUGAGUCAUUAAAUUAGUCAGUCAGUCACCAAGUGAGUCAGUCACUGAGUCAUUAUGUGAAUCAGUGAGUCAUUCAUUGAAUUAGUCAGUCAGUCGGUCAGUCACCAAGUGAGUCAGUCACUGAGUCAUUUAGUGUAUCAGUCACACAGACGCAGCUCUCGCUCAAUGCAGGUUGAGGUUGGGGGGGGGGGGGUCACAAAUGUGGGGCAUGGUGUGGCUUUACCACGGACCGUCUGUCACAUGUCACAUUUAAAGAGAUGCGAUUGGCUGCAUCUGAACUCAUCAGUGCGCUCUAAGUGCAGGUCCCAAGCCCGGAUGAAGGAUCGGUGCAGCCCGAACGUCGGAGCUUUAGUGUGCGUAUGAUCAGGGAUACGACUCGAUUCUUCAUCUUUUAGGUUUCUGUCAUCGGUUCGAAUGAUCGCGCGUGUGCGUGUGUGUGUGUGUGUGUGUGUGUGUGUGUGUGUGUGUGUGGAGAAAACACUGGUGUAAGAGGCGAGCGUGAAGUCGGACGUAUAAGCGCACUGCUGGGUAAUUUAUCCCGAUGAUUAAGGCCUUAGGUUUUAACGCUUUUAGUUCUGUAAUCCUCGUGUAAAUAUCGUUAGGUUAUAAUGAUCACGUUUCAUUUCUGAUUAACGUCCGACGGGUGACGACGAUGCUGAUUAUUAUUAUCAUGCUGAUUACGAUUAUUCCGAUUAUUAUUAUUACCGUACCGCUGAUUUUCAAAGUGGAACCACUGACUGUAACGUAGCCGAAUCGCUGAGACGGAAACGGAAGGGACCAAUCGUACGCAUUUACCCGUCAGCGUCUCCUAUCGGCGUCUUUGUGUUAGCGAGAGAGCUUUUCCUUAUACGGGCGGAAGUAUUCGGACACCCUGAAUUGUUCCCGGUCGGGGGGGCGUCCUGAUACUUUCGCCCGACUGGCGUAUGUGUAUAUUUUGUUUGAUUCUGUGUGUGUGUGUGUGUGUGUGUGUGUGUGUGUGUGUGUGUCUCGUCUUUCUCUCCGCGAGGAAAUUUUGCACAUCAGUGAAAGUACUACUCGAACCCGGUGGUCGAACUGUGGCUCCUGAGCCGGGGCCCCGCUGCUGCGCCGGGGAAGGGCGGGGGAGGGGAUGGGGGACGAGCAUGCCUGGGCUCUUGUGGACUCGCAGAAGAAAAGAAAACCACUCCCCAAAACAAUCUGUGUGUAAAUGAUCUUUUAGUGUACACGACUAAUUAAAGUAAAUGAAGAGAGAAC